AACAACAAUGCUAAUACUGCUGAAGAAACUGAUGUAAUAUCACAUGUCUCUCAGUCAAUUGAGCUUGACCAAGAUAUCACAAUGUCAGACAGUGAAAGUAUCCAUUUGUCUCAGUCCACUGCAACAUCCAAUUGGUCUGACAUGCAAAAGUCCUUAAGGGAGAAAUACAACGAUGCCAUGCAAAUGUUGACAAAUGGACAAAUGGAAUGCCUACGCUCUCAAGUAAGCCAACCUGUGCAGGACUUGCAGUACUCAACAAGAGCAUAUUAUGUGCAUCAUGCAAAAGCUGCUUUUGAAUAUAUUUGUGACAUCAUUGCUCCUGGCCAGAGUCAACAACUCCUUGAUGAGGUGAUCAACAGUUACAAAGGCCCUGCUGUAAUCCAGCCAGAUUCAAUGACAGACACAGUGAUUGAGGCAUACAAAAAGGCUACUGAUCACACAACUCGCACUCAGAUUCUGUCCCUCAUCACCAGUAAAUAUAGUAAAACUGUGUUGUUGAGGAUGAUUGAAGGUUUGACAAUUAAUCCACUAUAUAGAUGUGGCAAGAAAACAUGCAGCUACAUUCUGGCCUGGUCAUUAUCUUACACCACCUAAAAUUGUGCGCAUAAGAAUUUCAAAAGGGAGGAUCCAACACUUUGUUGAAUUCUUAUCAGCUCCUAUGUACCUCCACACCGUGGGCUUUGGUUCAAAACACUUGAAACUUUCAUCGGGAUUGGAGGUCAAGGUACCUAAAGUAAUCCGCACAAUGAUUGCCUCGAGACUCAUCAAUGCAUACAUGUCAUAUUGUCAAGACAAUGAAAUUGUACCACCAUCAAGGGCAACGCUAUACAAGAUAGUGAAAGUUUGUGCAGCUUCACAGUUGAAGUCAUUACAUGGCAUCGACAACCUUGCCAGUGAAGGGGAAUCGGGAAUUUCUACCAUUGAAAAAGCAGUAGAAAAGUUAUCUGAAGUGGGACUUCAUGACGGAAAAGUGAAAGACUUCAAGGAUCAAUUACAAGCUGUAAAACUGCAUCUGAAGAACGAAUUCAAAACUCACCUCAGUACAAAAAGCACAUGCAUUGAACAUUGCAUGCAAUAUGCUCUAUCUGAUUUGCCAUGUGACCAUCAACAUUCAGAGACCUGCAUAUCUUGCCGACAAAUAAAAAAUGUCACCACUGAAAUUUCUCAAUGCCUUGAAGAUGUUCACUGUGAUGCAAGUGUUAGAGAGGAAAUUCAGCAUGAUGUAGAGUUAUCCUGUGAGAAAAUUGUGAACUGUCGAGAUCACUGCAUACGAACUGUUAAUCAGGAUGCCUGUAAAAAAAGAUAUGCUGAACAAUCUUAAAGAUGAUCAGAGACUCAUAAUUAUUGACUGGGCUAUGAAGUAUUUGCCACAGAGAUUUAGAGAAACUCAGAGUGAAUGGUAUGGAAAGCAAGGGAUCAGUUGGCUUGUUUCAUGUGUACUCUUACGAAGAAAUGAUGCAGAAGAUGAUGAAUCAGUGGACAUAAUUUCUUAUGUGCACCUUCUUCAACAUGGUACACAGGGUUGGUUCACAGUUACAAAAAUCCUGAUCCACAUUUUGCAGAUGCUUCAUGAAAGUCAUCCACAUUUGAAAGAAGUUUUUUUGCGCUCAGAUAAUGCAGGAUGCUACCACUGUCUUCCCCUUCUGACGUGCCUCUGGAAAUUAAGGAACAACACGCAUGUUACUAUCAGAGAAUAUAAUUUUAGUGAAGCCCAGUCAGGAAAAGAUUUGUGUGACUCUCGCACAGGAAGUUGUAGAAUGCACAUCUUGAACUACACCAACGAAGGCAAUGAUGUUACAAAUGUGUACGAGAUGAAGAAUGCACUUGAGAG